GUUAUUUCUACAACGUCCAGCUUUUUUCUCCAACACAAUUUGCAUUAUGUCAAGUUGGGACCUUUCCUGAGGGCUUUGGACACUGCCGAAAGGAGAAUAUGAGGACUAACUGAUUUCACCCUUUCACUUUUUCUGCUCAUAAUGGACUCCAGAUUCCUGUGUUUUCUUCAGAAGAUGCUGUCAAUGUUUAUCAACUCUUCCAUAAAUGGUACCAUCUGGGUCUCUGUUCCUGGGAAUUAAGGACAUCAAAACCAUUCAACAGAACACCCGGUCUUUCCAAAAUGAUUUUAAAUAAAACGUUAUAUGUUUUGCUCUGGCUCUCGAUAGUAAUUCGGAUAUCCUAUUUAGCAGUUUGCACAAAGGAUUCCAGACAACAGAAGCCUGAACGUUUGACCUGCAUUUUUUUCUACUCCGAAAGCUCCAACUACACUCUUACUUGCAACUGGACUACUGGAGUAGAAGCACCUGUUGGAAGAACUUACACUCUCACAAGAAGAAACUAUUAUUGUGCUAUUACGGAUCAUUGUAGAAGCAGCAAUGGCCAGUGUUCUUUAUAUGAUGUUCCAUAUUCUGUUCCUUCUUAUCUUGAGCUAAAGGCAGGAUAUCAAAAGGAAGAAACGAAGCCUCUUUAUUUUAACCCAGAAGAGAUAUUGAAACCCGGUCCUACUGAGAUAAGUAAAGUAGAGCCAAUUGCAGGGAAGAAGCAAAUGCUAAGAGUUUCCUGGGAAAGACCUCGUAAUACACCAGCAAGGGCUAAGCUAAAAUGCCGAAUUCACUACACAGCAACAACAAAAAAUCACACUGGCUAUAAAAAUAUUGUGACAAAUGUUGAUGACAGGGGAGAGUACAGUCUCACUAAUCUGUGGGAUUUUACAAACUAUACUGUUGUCAUGCGGUGUACUCUUCUUUUAUCAAGAGUCUGGAGUGAAUGGAGUGCUAAGAAAACAGGAACAACAGAAGAACAAGCUCCUUUGAAGGUAGACCUGUGGAGAAUAAUUAAAUCUGAUCAGUUCACCAAUGACCGAACUGUACACCUUUUGUGGAAGGAGUGCAAAGAAUUCCCAUGUUCAGGAAUAGUGAAUGGAUAUAGAGUAAAAUACUUUGCUGAAAACAAGCCUUCCUCUGAAAAUACGAUAAACAUUAGUGACAGUAAUAUCACUCUCAACCUGACCAAGGAAGCCCAUGUAAUAAGUGUAACUGCUUUUAAUGAAGCUGGAGCGUCUCCUGAGGCUACAUUGAGAAUUCCAUCAUUCCAUGAAGACUCUGAUCCUGAAUGGAUUGUUUCUCUUAAGACUUCUGUUUUAGAGGAACAAAUGUUUUUGGAAUGGGAAACCAAAGAUUUAGAAAUACAGAACUAUAUUGUAGAAUGGUAUUAUGAACCAGAUUCAGUCAAGAGAUCAUGGCAAAAGGUAACAAACGUGACACAAUGGACAUCGCCAAAAGGAGCCUUCAUACGUUUUAAAAAUUACUACAUCUCUGUAUAUCCCUUGUAUAAAGGUGAAAUAAAACCUCCACAUUCCACAAGAACUUACUUUCAUGAAGGAAUCCCAGAAAUGGGUCCUUCAGCUGAAGUAGAAGAGAAUAUUGGUAAAAAUGAGGCUACUAUAAAGUGGAAGGAAAUACCAGAAGGCAAGAGAAAUGGUUUCAUCACGAACUACACUGUAUUUUAUAAAGCCGAGGAUGGAGAAGAAUUUGGAGAAACUGUGAAUUCCAGUGUUCUACAAUACCAAAUUAAGUCUUUGCAAGCUAACACUAAAUACACAGCUCAUGUUAUGGCAAACACCAGUGCCGGUGGAAAGAAUGGAACAGCCACCACUUUCAUCACCAGUAAAAUUGGUGUGCUAUAUAUUAUUCUUACGCAGGUCAUUGUUGGAAUAUUCAUGCUUUGCUUACUGAUUAUUGGCAUACUGGUAGCUCUAAAGCGACAUGCGUUAAAAAAUGUUUUAUGGCCUAAAAUUCCUCAUCCUCACAUUACAACAAUUUUCAACAAGGAACAGCAGCCAAUACUCUUGAGAAACUCACCUUCUGUGGAUGAAACAUAUCCCACUGUUUUGGAAAUCCAACCUUGUUUCAAGGAUCAUAAUAAACUAGAGUUCUUGAAUUCGGAGGACUGCCUCACAGGGGCAAAUGAUGUUACAGAAGUUGUGGCCGGCACCAAGGGCAUUUUUUGGAAUGGAGAACACGAAGCUCUUCCAUCAACUUCCUAUGUAGAACACGAUUGUAGGAGUCCCAUUAUGAAAGGGAUUUCCAUAUGCCAUGAAAACAAGGAAGUUCAAGAUCAGUCAGAUUUAAAGGAGGAAACUGAAAUUAAUCCCUAUUUGCAAAACUCAGUCUCCACAAGAAAGUUCAUAGUUUCUGAGAACUUGGACCAAAAUACAAAAGCAGCUAACAUUCAGCCUGUUUCCAUGACCUCUUGUUUGCCAAACUGCACUAGGCAGCAGUAUGUGGCCCUAGAGGCAUUUCAUCUGUUCCCAACACAUUAAAGAAAAACUGCCAGGUACUUUAAAUGUCUCUGCAUAGUAUGUAAUGCCAAGAAGUAUAUGACCCCUGCUUGCUAACUGUACGAAAGCAAACUUAAAACUGGAUAUCCUUUCAACUGUUCAAUCAUUUAACUUGGGGAGGGGGGAUAUUUAACUAGUGAUGAGGUAGACUGUGUCCAAAUUUUCCAAAGUUAUCCUGGACUAAGUGUACCCGGCCACGCAUUACUGUGGCCCAUUGUGGCGAAAUGGGAAAGAAAGAAAAGAGGAAGAGCUGGUUUCUAAGCUAUCAAUACACAACUGAAGUGGCAAAGUAUCAACCUACUAUAGGUCUUUUUCAGUCUCCUCGAGGCCAAAGGGUUAUAUGGAUGUGUGGAAGGGCCCUGGGUCCACACUGCCAUAUAACCCAGUUCAAAGAUAUUAUAUAGGUGUUGUUGUUGUUAUAGACAUAUAGAUAUUAUUAUAGGCAUACAGAUAUUG